AUGAAGAUUUCGGACUCCAGCGCACGAAUAGCAGCAGCAGCAGAAGAGGGCGCGGCGGUGGCAGCGGCGCCGGCAGGGCCCCGCGCCGCGCCUCGAGAGCAGGUGUCCCUCCCGGACGAUAUCUACGGCGCGGCUAGGGUGUCCGAGUAUUGGCACGGCGUUCCCGCCCUCAGCAGCCUCGCCUCGACGUACGUCUACGACGACAUCUGGGCCGGCGACGGGGGCUUGAAGUCCAGGGAAAACCUCCUGAGCAUGAUCGGGUGGACAGCGGAGGGAGGGAUCGGGACGCCCAACGAGAGGGGGGGCGACGCAAUUGUCCAGGCACUGCGCGCGGUGGCUUACACGGAACCUCCAGAUGAGUGGUCCGGCGGCAACGAACAGAAGGGAAGGGAAGGAACGGAGGGGGGCCAAGGGCCCCACCGACGGGAAGAUGACGCCAGCGGGAGAAAUAGCGGCGGCGGCGGGGGCGGGGGCUCGAGGGUCGGCGGAAAGCAGCAGUGGGUGCGACGGGUUGACGAGAAGUCGGCGGGGGGGAAGUGUAGGGGCGAUGAUGCUCAUGCCUGCAGCGACGAUGGUGUCUGCGGCACGGGUCAUGACGGGCUCAAGUGGCGGAGAAAGGGCGGCCGCAGCGGGGGUGGCGGCGGCAGCGGCGGGGGCGGCGGCGGGGGCGGCGGCGGGGGCGGCGGCGGCGGCGGCGGCUGGGGUGAGGGUAGCUGCGAAGGCACCGUGAGCGGUGGUGAACGGAGCGACGGGUGCUCGGCGGGCGAGGAGGUGCAUGCCUCGAAGAAACACCGCACCCCUAGCCCCGAAUCGGCCCGGAAGUCGUCGCUGGCUGCUGAGGAUGCUGCCGACUCGGCGAUGGGGUCCAGCAACGCCGGCGCUGCUGCCGCGCGGCCGGGCGCGGCGGACCAACCAACGACAGCGGAGGAGAAGGCGGCCGCAGAAGACCGAGCGCUCCGCGAGGCCGAGGUCAUCCAAUGGUGUCAGAGAGGUUCGAGCCCGCGAGCCAUAUCCGGCGAUGGCGGUGCCGCGGCGGGUCCAGACGAGAAGUUCUUCGCCGCGAGGGUGCUCGACCCGGUCCCGGCGCGGCACUGGCCCGGCACCGCUAGGACUAGAACCGGCGGCAGCAAGGUCAGCGACGCGGUAUUUGGUUGGGGGGCGGCGGAAACAGCGGCGUCGUCGUCGCCCCCACCGCUGCGGCCGCCAUGUCUGCGCUUCGGCGUGGGCGAGCUCAGCGGUGAUGGGCGCCGGGAAGACAAUCACAGUGGCAGCGGCAGCAGCGGCGGCACGGACGCCGCAAGCGGCUUGGACCAGUUCCCGUCCAGCCGAGACGAGGCGGCGAUGGUGGGGGUAACAAGGGCGGCCUCGCCACCGGCCGCGAAGUGUAAUAGUAGGAGCCCCCUGGCGUCAGGGUUCGCGGGUGCGGCUCUCGCUUCGGCUGCCACCGCCGGUUCCGCCGGAGGAGCGACCACCGCAGCGGCGACGGCGGCGGCGGCGGCGGCCACGGCAACGGGGUCGGGACGGUCGCCCCCCUCGGCGCGAGAGCAGGAAGGGUUCUUCGCCAGCCACACGCUGGAGCCGAGCCCAGGGAGGAGCUGGAUCGUUGCCGCCGGGGAAGCGGGGUCCGCAGGAGGAGAAACACACCGGGCGGGGGCUAGCGGCACCACCGUCCCCAAACCCGCGCACGGGAUACCGAUGCCACCAGAUUCGCAACGAAGCGAUGACGACGCCUCCGGCGCGGCGGGGAGUGGGAGCGAGAGGCGGGAGGGCCACAAUCCGCUCUGUUGGAGCGAUACAGCGGGCCGCUACCCCCCUCUUUUUGAGGAAGUAGCGGCGGGGGCGGCGGUCGUAGAUACUGAGUCCAGCGGCAGCGCAAACGACUGGCAGGUGCGGCCGGGGGCGAUGGCGGGCUUCUUCACGACGGUAGGCCACAGCGCCUGCUCUCCCGCUGCGCUGCUCCUCUCUCAACGGCGGCCGUCGCCGCCGCGGGUACGGUCGCCGCCGGCCGUCGGCCCCGCCGCUCCCGCCCGGGUGGGCAUCCAGCCGCCUUCCACCGCCAUUGUGGCGGAGGCGGCGGCGGAGGCGGAGGCGGGGCGAGUGGCGAAGCCCACGGCCGACUCCGAGAGAAGGCAGCAGAUACUGGGGCACUCCCCUGUGUGGGGGAGCGGCGGUGGCGGCGGCGGCGGCGGGGCCGAAGGAACUCCUGCGGCGCUGCCGGCGGCAGCAGUGGUGACGCGGGAAGGGACAGUGCCUGCCGUAAGCCGAACAAACGGCGGUUCCGUUAGAGAUAGCAGCAGCGUCUCUAGCGGGUGGGAUGUUGGUUCGGCGGGGGGCGGUGCGGCUGGGGACGGGAGCGGCAAGGAAGAGGAAGGCGACAACAGCUGGGGCUGGUGACAUCCAAAUAGCUGAGCGUGUGAAUGACAUGUGGCUGACAAACGGGGAGGGGUUUAGACGAGAGAGAUAGGCAAAAGGCGAGGCAACUGGGCGGGCACCGAAAGGUGGCGGGCUGGCUCCAAGCGGCAGCAGUGCGUCAGGUGACGGCUCGACUGCGAGAGCUGUCCUGUUGACUACCGCCUGGGGGGUGUCUUUUGUGUUCUGCCUCGGCGCUCUUCCACACGAUGAACACCAGAGGUACAGAACCCGUUCGUCUAUAUUCCUGUGGGUGUGUCGCGCAGCUAGCAGAAGCAUGUGUGCGUCGUUUUGGUAUCCCGGUCAAUUGGUUUUAGCAUACCCCCUCCAAGGUGUAGAAUGUAUUUGAAGAAUGAUGGUAUCGUUUCCAACGGAGAAGGAGAAAUGCUUUUGUGUUUUUGGUUCCAUUCCAAUUCCGGUUGGCGCAGUUCAUUUUCGAAGAGACGUGCGUUCGGGCACAACGUAGGCGGCCAGGGCAAGCUUGGCUGCGAUGAGGCCGGAUCGCGCUGCCGCCGCGCCGGCCAAUCGCCGGCCCCGGUUUCGGGUAUAUACCUGCCCUCUAGGGCAACCCUGUAUUGUUGUACCGCUCGCGAUCGCCAGGGCUUUGUCUUGCUCCUCGCUGUUUUUUUUUUUUUGCUGUCCUCUGGUGCCGUGCUAUAUUGUCGUGUGUGGUGUGAGGCCCCGAAUAUCUUAUUCAUUUCCUCGUUCGCUAGCGACAUGGUGUGUUUCUAUGGUGGCAUGCGCGCCCUGUGGUUGCCUAUCUGUCGCUUUACGUUGUACGUCCAUGCACCGCUGCUCUAAACUUGUGUUUUUAUUUGUCUUGGCCGUGCGUGCCCCCCCCCCCCCCCAUCCCGGGGGAACCCCCCGCGCCCUUUUUUGGGUUUGGGUUUUGUCAAUUUCCCUUUUUUUUA